CUUACAGUAUGCCUGUUAGCAUUCUUCAGGGAAAGUCUCCUUGAAAGAGAGAAGCACAAGACCACAACAAUUCUGAAAGGCUCGUACAGGCUACCAUAAAAAUGUUACAAGGAUCAAAAAAUCUGGUGUUCUUAAUGAAUAAAAGUGGGAAAUCCUUGGAUGCACAACAUGAGUUUAUAGAGCUUCUGAAAAAACACAUCAGGUUUCAACAAGUAAAUUCAGCAAAUGAAUGUGAUGCCAUCAUCGCUUUUGUUCCAGUUAUGUCUCGAGCUGGAACAGACAUUGAAGCUGCUCUUAAAAACAUUCCAACAACUCAUCCUGUUGUCCUAGUUGCACUUCAUCACACAUUUGAUGAAAAUUACGUUGCUCCUGAGAGCAAAAUGUGUGUAAAUAGGAAUGGUGUAUUUGCUGGAGACUUGCUCUGGUAUGAAGAUUUUGGACUGCUGAGAUGCUUGGCCAAUAAUAAGGCACUGGAAUCCAUCGCUAAACAUCUAUCACCCAAUAUCUCGGAAGGUCUUGGAAACAUACUUAUACCAGUUAAUCCACGACCACAGAGAAGAAUUCGGAUCUGUGUGGCUGUUUUUGUUUUGGCUGUUUUGUUGACUGUUUGUAUUUACUUUCUAGUUAUUUCCAGGGAAGGCCAAAAUGGCACUCCAACUACAUCCACUAUACCUUUAUCUACACAACAGACAAACACAACUGCAACUACACAACAGCCUAACAUAACUGCAGCUACACAGGGCUAACAUAGCUGUUACUUCAUAAAUGCUAACAACUGUAACUGCAUUGCAGCCUUGCAUGGCUUUAACUAUCAAACAGCAUAAAAUAACAGUAAUUACUGUGCAUCUUAAUAUAGCAGUAUUUAUAGCAGUAAUAUACCAGCCUAAUAUUACUGUAACUUCAUGAUGGCUUAACAUAACAGUUACCAUAGAGCAGUGGUGGACAAAGUACACAAACCAUGUAGAGAUACAGUAGGUAAAAUAUUACUUCAUUAAAAGUGCUGCCUUUAAACCUUCACUUGAGUAAAAUUACAAAAGUAAAAGCCUUUAAAUACACUUAAUAAUGCAAAAUACAUCACUAUGAUUUAUUAUUGCUAUAAUGUCCUAUUAUCAUUUUUGUCAAAAGACUCUUGCUUACCCAACCCAAGUUUAUGUGAAAAGUCUCUAAUGUUACUCAUUGCACACACAUCUAUUAAUAGAAUGAUGUUAAUGAGUCACACACUGAUUGAAAUCUAUUAAAAUUGUCAUGAGUCUAAAACCAACUACUGCAAAGAAAUCGUGCAUAUUAAAGCCACAAGUGUUACAACAA